AAUUACUUCUAUUUAUAAAUAAUGCCUUCCAGAGAAUAAUAACUAAUUCUUAUUUGUUAACCAUUUUUUCAUCCAAGGUCACUAAGAAAAAGAUUUUGAAUUGUGGAAAAUAUUCGACAUGUUCAAAGCAGCCCUCAUCCUCGCAGUGUCCCUUGUCCUAACAUGGUCAGCUGAAGGCGUGAUCUGCCCACCCUGCGUGCCAGCACAUCUCAGUCCGCCCGAGAACUGCAGUCACGGCACGACACUGGAUUUGUGCGGGUGCCGUCUGACCUGCCUUAAGGGGCUCUGUGAGCGAUGCGGUGGACCAGGGAACAUCCACGGUCGGUGUAGGCGUUCCAUGAACUGCAUCCCGUCGUACCCUGACGGAUCGGGCGUGUGUGGCCACCCUGGAGAAGUUGGCCCUGCUGUCGGCUGUGUGCUAUCACAAGUCGACAACUGAGCUCCAUCCUUCAGCAUCAGACGACUGAAGCUUCAGGCAAAAUAAACUCCAUCCUUCACCAUCAGUCGUCUGAAGCAUCAGGCAAAAUAAACUCUAUCCUUCAGUAUCAGUCGUCUGAAGCAUCAGGCGAAAUAAACUCCAUCCUUCAGCAUCAGACGUCUGAAGCAUCAAUCAAAAUAAACUCCAUCCUUCAGCAUCAGACGUCUGAAGCAUCAGGCAAAAUAAACUUCAUCCUUCAGCAUCAGACGUCUGAAGCAUCAAGCAAAAUAAACUUCAUCCUUCAGCAUCAGACGUCUGAAGCAUCAAGCAAAAUAAACUCCAUCAUUCAGCAUCGGUCGUCUGAAGCAUCAGGCACUCCUCUGAAACACACAUACAUUCCACCAAUUUACAAAAGAAAUAACAAAUUCAAAAAUAAAUGGAAAUAUCCUUCCUCCUUCCUUGGUCUCCUGUGCACUAAAUGAUAGUUUACGAUAUGAAUGAUUUAUUUUGUAACAUAUUUGAACAUUAAUAUACUUUUUACAUAUUUGAAUAUUCAGAUUUAUGUGGCUAGCAACUAUUGAACUAUAAUAACAUUAUUGUUAGAAGUUUUAUCCAAAUAAAUUGUUUCAAGUACAUGUGCUUCUCAUGAUAUCGAUCGUGUAUCGUAUAGCUUUCUUUACAAACUUGUUGUUCGCUCACAGAAAUGAUAAUCUAUCGCAAGGAUGCUUAUAACAUUGUAAUAAAGUAUGAAACUGCCAUUUAUAUUUUAAAAUAUAAACCGUAAAACGGCAGGAAGAUCUAUCAUUGGAAUAUAAAUCCAAUGUUUUUUGCGCUCGACUAAAGGUGUGGCGAAAUUUAUUUUUUGCUAACUUCAUUAGUUAGGAGAAAAAUUUUUAAUUUUCUUUUACAACAAUGGAAUGGUUUUGCGGUGCUCCAGGCAAAUUUAAAAGAAAAUUUGACGUUCAUUCCAUAUUAUUGGGCUGAAAAUUGAGGUGGUAGCUUCGCAAUUAAGGGCAGAAUAACGAACAUGAUUUGUGCAAUUCCAUGGCCUUAAAUGAACAUCUCGUCAGCUGAGAAUAUAUAUACUAACCCUGAAUAUCUUGCUAUUCUUUAUAGUGCAAUGUUAUCUUUCCUACAAUAAUUAAGUUCUUCAUUGAAUUUGUGAUCCAAGCAGGUCAAUGUUGAAUUUUGAACUUGUUUCAUGUUCUUUUGUUCUUUUUCAUUGAUAACGCAAUUCGAGUCGCUCCUGUUACGAGGUAAGAUCGUCGAUAUCCAGCUUACUCUGAUAUUAUUGUACCAACCUUGCACCUGUUCGGACCUCCUUGAACCAUUAGAUCCUUCCUGUUACUUAUUUUGAGUUUGUGCAAAUUUACUUUCAAUUUGUUUGGUUCAUUAAGUUGCAUGUUUUCGUCUCUGUUGUCCAUUCACUUGAAUUUUCGAUUCUAGAUUUUAGUCAAAUGUUGAACCCCGUUGGGUUUUUGGCUCGUCAAUAACUUUAAUUCAAUAGCUACCAGGCCUGCCACUGUUAAUGCCUGCUUUUACGUGAACGCUUGCAUGCAUUUAACUUUAUUGCAGAAUGGAAACGCUUUAAACUGCUUAGUUAUCUAUGAGAAGUCCUGUCGAUGGUUCCAUUUAAGGCAAACAGAAAGGUUAGUUAUUCUUUUUCUUGUUCUGACUUGCUCAUCAUACUGAAAUAAAUUAAGUUAUAGCGUGAAUAAAUUAUUUUAUAGGUUCUAAACUGCCAGCCUGUGUUUACCAGACCCAGAAUCUAUCCAACUACCUUGACUUGCAAGUUGGCCGUCAUACCCGGCAGCUUUAAGUUUUUUAUUUAUUUUUCCUUACCUACUACUAAAUUAUUUCGUUCAGUUAUGGACGCCCAUACGGUGAUAAUUGUAAAGUGAGACAUACUAACUUUUGCAAAAUGGACUCAUUCCUUUUAGAAUGAAAAAUGUUUUAAUCUACCAUUUAUUUCCGCACCAAUAUUGAUGCUCGCGUGUUUAUGCAACAGAGAGUGCAACUUCAGCUUUUAUCGAUUCUUACUGGCUUCGUUUGUGAACAACUUCGUUUGGCGUUCAAUAAAAGUAUAUUCGUCUUCA